AUGGGCAAUCUUGAUGAUGCAUUCAAGUACUUCCAGAUAGUAGUAAACCGGUUGGUUACCCUUCACGGGAAACGUGACAGUGAUCCAGAAUUCAUUGGUGUCUCUUUAAAAUUGGCGGACAUCUUUGCUCAAAAAGGCCAAUUAGAUGAUGCAGAAGUUGGAUUUUCGCACUGUGUUCGAAAACAAAUGAUGGUUGUCGACGAGCACAUGAAAAAGUAUAGCGUUGCUCAAGGUGCUCUCGUAGAGGAUAGACAUGUUGCUGAUACGCAGGGUCCAAUUUAUACUGAUCCUAUAGCUUUAUUUGGAAUGGCAUUAGAGCGAUAUGCCCAUUUUUUAGUCACCUAUCGAGAUGAGAAGCGGAUGCGUGAAGCGGAAGAGUACAUGGAUGAAGUCAUGAAGGUAAUUUCUACU